GCAAAGAGCUUCGCAUUUCAGAUGAGCUUUCUUUUGGAGAGAGUUCAGCAGUUGAUGCACGAAAGGCAGUGGCUGCUGAAGCACUAGGACAGCUACUGGGAAAAAAUGUUUCAAAAAAUGAGGUUCCUGUCGUCGCCGUGCUGGGCUCGGGAGGUGGUAUCCGAGCCAUGUUGAGUCUGCUGGGCUCAAUGGAAGGUCUUCAGGAAACUGGACUGUUAAACUGUGUGACAUACAUUUGUGGAGUGUCUGGAUCAACUUGGGCUAUGAGUCAGUUAUAUGAAAACGUCGAUUGGUCCGCAAAAUUACCUACUAAAGAUAUCUCUGAAAAACUUGUGGGAGAGGACUUUUCUUGGGAGUACGUUAAAGAGUUGAUCUUUGAAAAAGGACAUCUUUGGGAGAGAAUGGUGAAAGCUGCCUCAAAAGAAGUCUACUCUUUAACAGACAUCUGGGCAGCAAUUGUCAGUUAUCUUAUUGGAACAGAAAAUACUUCUCCGCUUUCAAAGCAUCAAGAAUCUGCGAACAGUGGACAAAACCCAUACCCAGUGUAUGCUGCAAUUGAUAAGGACACCUUUGAUUCAGGAGAGGAACCCCAUCCUCCAGAAAUCUGGUUUGAAUUCACUCCCCAUGAAUGUGGCUUUCCAUGUUAUGGAAUAUUUGUUGAAACGAGUGACUUUGGGAGCAAAUUUGAAAACGGGGUUAAGAAAGAACAUCAUUCAGAGCCUGAUAUGUGCCUACUACAAGGUUUGUGGGGAAGUGCAAUGGGAGAUUUCACUUACUUGUGGAACUAUUUAAAAGUACAGUAUGACCCAGAGCAGUGGACUAGCAGCCUAACAAGACUACGACUAAACACAAUCGCAGUGGGCUUCCUGGAGUCAGUGCAAGGAAAAUAA